AUGUUGGGCGCCGGCGAGGGUUUCCCACUCGAGCAGUGGUUCUUUGAGAUGCCGCUGGUGACAAGAUGGUGGACCACAGCAACAGUCGUUACGGGGGUGCUAGUGCAGUGCCAGGUCCUCACGCCCUUUCAGCUAUUCUACAGCUUCCGAGCGGUUUUCCACAAACAGCAGUACUGGCGACUGGUAACAACCUUCAUCUACUUCGGCCCGCUAUCUCUCAACCUUCUCUUCCACAUCUUCUUCAUCCAGCGGUAUGCACGCAUGCUUGAGGAGUCUGCGGCGUCGGUGGCCCACUUCUCCUGGUUGAUGGCAUAUGCUUCAUCGACCCUCCUCGCUAUUGCACCGCUCUUCAACCAGGCAUUCUUGGGGACGACACUGAGUAGCACGUUGGUCUAUAUCUGGAGUCGGCGGAAUCCGGACACGCGGCUCAGCUUCCUCGGAGUGUUGACCUUCAAGGCGCCGUGGCUGCCGUGGGUGUUGAUCGCUUUCAACGUAGUACUUCACGGACAUUGGCCGAAGGACGAGCUAUGCGGCAUUUUGGUUGGACACGUGUGGUACUUUUUCAAUGAUAUCUACCCAUCCACUCAUGGCGGACGCAGACCGUUCGAGCCGCCACAAUGGUGGAUACGACUCUUCGAGCGAGGGGCAUUGGGCGCGCAUGCGCAGGGAACGGACAUACACGCGGCAGCGCUCAACAGAGAAGUCGCUGCGCCUGCAGUGGCGGACGUCAGAUAG